AUGACAACAAAGAGAAACUUGGCAGGGAGGGACAACAAUGGACAUUUUGAUCAAUAUAAAGAAUUUGUUAAGGGUGUGCAACUUGGAUCUUUGUUCCAUGUACAGCUGUUCCUUGAGGAUCAUCCCAAUGCAAAGAAUGAGAAGAUCACAGCUCAGGGCAAGACAGCUCUUCACAUUGCUGUUGCUGCGGGACAUGAGAAUAUAGUGGAGAAGCUGGUGGUUUUAAUGUCGGAAGAAGGAUUGGAAAUACAAGAUGAUGAUGGUUGGACAGCUCUAGCUGAGACAGCUUUUGCUGGUAACUACCGGAUGGCAAAGUGCAUGCUUACAAAGAACACGCGCUUGGUCAGCAUUGGAAACGUGGAUGGACGUCUUCCGGUUGUUCUUGCUAUUGAAGGUGGUUAUAAAGAAUUGGCUUGCUUUCUCUUUUCUCACACUCCGCUAAAAGAUCUAGAAGGCAUCAGCGUUGCUACACUUUGUACGAAGGCUAUAUAUACCCGGACGUUAGCUAUUGCUUUGAAUUUACUCAAGAAUGAUCGACAUUUGGCUCUUGCUCCAGGCAAAGAGAAUGUCUCCCCUUUGUAUGCCUUGGCUUCUACGCCUAACGCAUUCCCAAGUGAAAAUCAGCUUGUGUUUUGGAAACGAUGGAUCUGCUCUCUACAAGCUGAAUUGCGCCAACUAGUGCCAUCUCUCGUUAACCUAGUUUUCGGAAUCAAGGAUUUAUAUGAAAUGAAGGUGGCCGAUUUCCGGAGGGGUAUGAUUAUGUCGUACAUGUGCAAUGUGAUAGAAAUGUCAAAUGAUGAAGAGAGGAAGACUGGUUGCGUUUAUACAGCUGUCUUCCGUGCUAUCAAGGAUGGGAAUUUGGAGUUUGUUUAUAAAAUAGUGAGUAGAAAUCCAGAUCUCUUGCGGUGCAAAGAUGACAAAGGCAGAACCAUAUUUCCGAGUGCAGUCCUAUAUCGCCAAACUAAAAUCUUUAGUCUUAUAUACGGGCUUCAUGUGAAGCUCCCGAAGGUAUACUCUCAAGAUUGCUUCAACAACAAUAUAUUACAUAUGGCAGGAAUGUUAGAAGCUUCUGCCCAGCUUAAUUGCAUCCCAGGUGCAGCAUUGCAGAUGUAA